AAAUAAAAUCUCCCACAAUACCAACACUCUCUCCAUCCCAACAAUUCAUCAUCUCCUCUCCUCCUCAAAUCACAAACCAUACAUAAUAUGCAAGACCUACGCCGUUACUCAAACGACACCGUUCAUCUCGACCUCGGCACCACCACAACCACCACCAUGAUCACCACCACAACCUCUUCCUCCUCCUCCUCUUCCUUAUCCAUGGACAUCGACGAAUCCGCCGAAACGAAAAUCCAACGUCUCAUAUCAGAGCAUCCCGUCAUCAUCUUCACUCGAUCUUCUUGCUGCAUGUGCCACGUCAUGAAGAAGCUUCUCUCCACCAUCGGUGUUAAUCCAACCGUCAUCGAAUUAGACGACAACGAGAUCGCUUCUCUCCCUCAUGAUGACGAUCACCUUGCUUUUGCUUCCGCUCUUCGUAACCGCUCUCCUGCUGUCUUCAUCGGUGGCGCCUGCGUCGGCGGACUUGAGUCGCUUGUUGCUCUUCACGUCAGCGGUCAUCUCGUCCCCAAACUUGUUCAAAUCGGUGCUCUCUAUGUAUAACAAUAUCACUUUCAAUUUAUGUUUAUUAUUAUUACUAUUAUUAUUAUUAUUAUUGAAUCUUAAAAAACUGUAUAAGUAAUUGUAUAAUUUCUGGUAGUGUUUAUGUGAAAUGAAAUUGCAAUCUCAUUUUAA